AUGGAUCCGGCCUCGGUCGCUCCUCGGUCUGAUGCCGCCGAGUCGGACCAUCCACCGGCCAUCGCUACCGCUCACCUGGCCCGCUUCGAGUUCAGCGAUGAGGGAACCAAGAUCCUCAUGGUCGAGUGGCAGCCGGACGCUGAGGUGGUAGAGGUUGACUCCACUGUUGAUACACGAGAUGCUGCGGCCGCCGCGCCGCAUCCCGAAUCCGGCGCCGUGGCGUCUACUCCGGAGAAGCCUCGAGAUGGCCCCGGGCCCAACAUGGAUGCCGGUUGGGAGGUAUCAUGGCCGGGAAAGUCAACUCUGCUUCCCGCACGAGACGCAGAUCAAGACGGCAGCAAGCGUCGAGUGUACUUUCUCCUGCCCGAGGAUGUUCCUGUACCGCCGACCGUCACCAUCGCUCGUCGUGGCCGGUCCAGCCUGAUAUUGAAGCCGCUACCUGCCAUAUUUCCACCAGGCUUUGACGCGGAGCCUGGCUUGCGCGGUGUACUUCACACAUUAUGGGCAAAGAAGCGUCUACGAGAACUAGAUCACGAAAUGGACGACGAGAUGAGGACCAACUCCGAGAGUGUCGGACUUCAAAUGGCCCAUUCCGAAAAGGAAUGGAUUAUUGAGACCUUUCUAACGCCGUCAGUCCCCAGCUUGACGCUGCCGCUUUCGCCAAGGUCUCCCAUCACUGGCCGUCUUGGCGAGAAACUCAAAGGAUUGCGCUUGGCCACGUCGGCAGACGACCUGUUGCCCAGCCCAACCGCCAAUACGUUUAUGGGAGCAAAUGCUCCCUCGCUUACUUUGUCACCUGACGGAAAUGAUAUUGCUGUCCCUUCCUUUGCGGCCAUGUCACUCGAUGCCGUUGCCCGGGCCGACUUGCCCACCGCCAAAGGCGAUCAGGCAGAUACAGAAGACGAGCUUUUUGCCUUGCCCAUCAGCCCGCGAAGUCCAGAUAUGAAGAGAAGUCGCUUUGGCGUCUUCUAG